ACCGAGAGCGGCGCGCCGAGUUCGUCUUCUGCUUGCGCGCCCUCGAGGCGACCGGCCAGUCGGCCGAUUUGCUCGUCUUCGUCCACGUCACCGACGUCAACGACAACCCGCCGCGAUGGCAACACUCGCCGCAGCGCGUCCGAUUGGCCGAAUGCGAGACCGGCGACUCGGCCGGCGGACCACCCUCGCCGUCGCCGUCGCCGUCGCCGUCGCCAGCUCGUCUGUUGGCUGUGCUCAACGCGAGCGACGCGGACGCGGGGCGCAACGGCGAGAUCACGUACCGUCUGGCCGAGGCGGAGGCGCCGGCGACCAGCCAGUGCCGGUCGGCGGCGCGGCCGCAGCUCGUCGUUCACGGCAACCGCUUGUUCGCCGUCUCGCCGUUGGACCACGAAACCUGCUCGCACUUCCGCGUCGCCGUCGACGCCGUCGACGGCGGCGGUCUCUCCGCGACCGGCCAACUCGACGUCCACGUGCUCGACUGCAACGAGCAUGCGCCCGAGCUGAUCGUGCGCCCCUCCGCGGCCGCCCAAUCGGAGCUCGAGCCUGAGCUCGAGUCCCGCGCCAACGGCGACUCUGAUUGGAGAGCGGCGCGAGUCGGGCCGGGCCGGGCCGUCCGGCUGUGGCUGACGGAGGAGUCGGCCGAGCCGGUCUUUCUGGCCACGGUCAGCGUGACCGACGCCGACGCCGGCGACGUGGCCCAGUUGACCUGCCGCCUCGACCAGAUCGUCUCGUUCGAGCCGGCCCACGCGCCCGCCUUUGAGCUGCGCGAGGCUCGAGCCCAGGCCUCGCCGGCGGCGCCGCGGCUCUUCCGCCUCUUCAAGCGCUCCGGCGUCCGGCUCGACCGCGAAUCGCGCGCUUGGCUGCCCGUCAGCGUCGUCUGCUCCGACAACCGGUCGCCGAGUGCCAAAGAGACCCGGCAACCGGUCAACGUGACCCUGCGCGACGUCAACGACAACCGACCCCGCUUCGUCCAGCUGUCGGCGCCGCGCGGCCUCGGCCCGCUGUACCCGCCGGCGGGACUCGCGCUCCACCUGGCCGUGGUCGAGGAGCAGACGAGUCGAGCCCCGAUUGGCCGCCUCCUCGCCGCC